AUGGCAAGCGGUGUGGAGGCCCUUGGCCUGGCGAUGUGGAUGAAGAUGAGGCUUUGUAUUUGCGACCUCUUUUUUGCUGGAUCGGCUGCCCAUGCGAACACCUGGCAGUGGCCGGAGGAGCGGAUGCGAGCCCCAGCCACGAACACAGGUGGAUUCGUAGUUGCGGUGGUUGUUCCGCGUUUUGAGAGAGAGGAGGCUGAGAUGAGGGAGGUUGAGAGGCCCUUGGCAUCCGGCAUGUUGCGGCGUUGCGGCAUGACUGUGGAGUUGAAGCGCAGUCCCUUCCCACAGCCAGCAGAUUCAUCAGCGCUGCUUGCACACUUGCGAUUCAAGGUUGCUGCCCAGCUGUAUAUUUCGGUCGCCCAGUUUGACCAGCUAGGCCAGCACGCGAAUGCGGCCUUGGGAACAAACCUUCACUCGAAUGCGGCCUUGGGAACAGCGAAUGCGGCCUUGGGAGCGGGACUUCACGCGAGUGCGGCCUUGGGUGGAAUGGAAGAGUCCCAAGUGCCACGCUCGCCUUCCUAUGGCUUGAGCACAAGCGUGUCAGGUGGAGGCUAUGCUGGUGGCCACAAUGCAUCGCCUUCGGCAAAGAUAGAUGCUGGAGUUGGAGGUGGCGUAGGCGGCCUUGUGACUGGCCAAGAUGCGACAAAUCUGGCAGGCCAACUUCACGCGAAUGUGGGCUUGGGUGGACUGGAAGAGUCCCAGUUGCCAAUCUCGCCCUCAGCGAACAUAGAUGCUGGAGUUGGAGGUGGCGUAGGCGGCCUUGUGACUGGCCAAGAUGCGACAAAUCUGGCAGGCCAACUUCACGCGAAUGUGGGCUUGGGUGGACCGGAAGAGUCCCAGUUGCCAAUCUCGCCCUCAGCGAACAUAGAUGCUGGAGUUGGAGGUGGCGUAGGUGUUCAAUCUGAAGGGUCGUCUCCAUCGCCCUCUGACAUGUCCGAUUCUCCGGCAUUCUCAAAUGCCGGCAAGUGCAGAGGUCGAGAGGAGGAGUGGGCUGUCUGCGACGACCUGCCAAGCUGCAUGGCAUGCGCUCCGCAGGACUGCAUCUUUGGUGCAUGGAUGGAAUGGUUUCCGCUGGGUGGAUGCACAGGCCUUUGUCAGCGGAAGCGCAUGAAAGCGCAGACCAACAACGAGUGUGGACAGCCUUGCAGCGGUGCACUCUUGCAAACAAUCAGCAGGAGAGAAUGCUACCCCAACUAUGAUGACUGUGUGCUGGAGAAUCGCGACUGCCAGUGGACGGCCUGGAGCUCCUGGUCUAACUCGUGCUUCAGCGUGCAUGGUGCUUCGUUGCGGCAGAACCAGCGCCAUCGAACUCGCCAUGUCUUAGUGCAAGCUCUGCACAAUGGCAAGCCAUGUGUUGGACCCUACAAUCAGACAGAGCCUUGCGUGGCAGAGUCCUUCGAGUCCAAAGAUUGCCUUCUCACCACCUGGCAGUCAUGGACGGAGUGCAGCCGAAGCUGUGAUGGGGGCUGGCAGGCACGCCUGCGCCGGGUGCGGCAGUUUGCAGAAAACGGCGGUGCGACCUGCGACAUGCAGACACUCCGCGAGCAGCAGCAAUGCAACAUCGAGCCUUGUGGUAGUCAAAGCUGUGUGCUAAGUGAAUGGGGCGCCUGGCAGGGUUGUGACAUCCUGUCUCCUGCCCAGGAGUAUCGGAGCCGGGUCCUCCUACAGCCAGCCUCGCGGUCAGUGCCUUGCAACCAGAUCUUGCGGGAGACCCGUGGCUGUCCGACAGAUGAGCAGGAGCCGCAAGCGUGCAUUCUCGCGCCCUGGUCCCAGUGGUCGCAGUGCAGUGCUACUUGUGCAGGUCAGUCCCAAAGGACAAGACAGCUUCCUUCUGACCAGACGAGCUGCUAUAUGGUGGUCCCAGAAGGCCAGACAGUCCACGAGGUGCGAGCCUGUGGCGCUCAGCAGUGCGAGGAGCAAGCCUGCACCCUUUCGUCCUGGACCACAUGGUCUCGGUGCAGCCAAGACUGUGGUGAUGGGAUCCAUUCUCGAAGCCGCGAGGUCGUUUCAACAUCCUACCAUGCCGUCUGCAGCGAACCACUUGAGGAGGUGAGACCAUGCCGUGUUCAGGAAUGCGUUGCCGUCGACUGCGCAUGGGCAGACUGGGAUCAUUGGAGCGCCUGCAGCUGUACUUGCGGUGGCGGGACGAAAAGACGGAAUCGAGUCAUCCAGCAAUCGCCACGGCAUGGGGGCAAGCUUUGCGAGCCCCAGGACAAGGGUGAAAUUGCACCCUGCGCGACGCAAACCUGCGACAUUUGCGUCGACGGCAGGUGGAGUGAGUGGGGCUCGUGGUCUGCCUGCUCCGCCACCUGUGCUUCAUCAUACAAGGCUCGCCAUCGCAGCGUGGAUCGUCACCCCAACUUCUGUGGCAAGCCUGCCUUGGGGUUGGAAGACCAGUAUGAGGUCUGCACCGGACAGCCAAGCUGCAUCCCAGAUCGGGACUGCCUGCUCUCCGAGUGGAACCCCUGGACUGGGUGCAGUUGUAAAUGCUUUGGGGUGCGAGAACGUCAUCGGCGGGUGGAGCAGUUUGCUUCUGGCAACGGCCGUCCCUGUUCGGAGGCGUCCUUGAAGGAUGUGGAGCCAUGCUUCCCAGGGCCUGGCGAGGCAGUGCCCGGUGACUGCCAGCCCGACCCAGCCAGGGAAUGCCAGAUGGGAGACUGGGAGGAAUGGCAGAUUUGCUCGCACACCUGCGGCACUGGCGAGCGAAAGCGCUCGCGGUCCAUCUUGAUUCCAGCAGCCGACAAUGGGCCGCCCUGCGACGAUGCAACUGAGGAGGUGGAGCCCUGCAACACGCAGGCCUGUCAUGUGACUUGCAUUGAUUGCCUCUGGAGCGAGUGGUCGAUGUGGAGUGAUUGUUCGAAGUGUGGGCACCAGAGGUACCGCCACCGUGGGGUCAUCAAGCAGGCGAACCACUGUGGCAGGAAAUGCGAGAUGCAGGCAGCCAAAGAAGUUGGCUAUUGCAAGAGCCCAUGCGUAGAGCAUUACUGCACCUGGAGCACGUGGCAGGAGAUGGGAGGCUGCUCGGCACAGUGCGGACCGUCUACAAGGCUUCUCCAACGCCAUCUUCUGCUCACAACCACAAAGCCGGAGCUGGAGGUCGAGCGCGUCGGUGACCGGGGAGGGCUCUGCCGAGAUGCAAGGGGCGACAGCUAUAGCGGGUGCCCAGUCCAGGCGCUUUCUGAGGAGGAGUGCCGGAGUAUCAUCCAGGCGUUGCAAGGUGUGGACGGAGUCCAGGGUGCCAUGUUCGACAGCAGUCGUGUUGUGAAGUUCGGAGCUCGCCGGUGCUUCGUCCUUGUGGAUCCGGGCACAGAGAUCUGGAAGCAAGAUAUCCCAGGAGGAUGGUUGGACACACCCUGCAUCGAGGGCAAAGGACGAGGACCGAUUGCAAGUGCUGGCUCCGAUGGAGCCGAUAAGUGGAUGUGUCUCACUCUUGAAAACCGACCGCUGGCUUCGGGCGACGAGUCUUUGCCCUGCUCGGGCGAGCAGUUCUACCAGUCGACAUGUGACAGCAGUUCAAAGUGCCGUGACGAGUGCUCACCUGUGGACUGCCUGCUUACGGACUGGAGCGCGUGGUCAGAGCCAACCUGCACAGAACUGUGCGAACGCACCCGGACUGUGGCAAGAUCGAACGAGUGUGGAGGGCUGCCUUGCUCUGGCUCGCUGGUCGAGACGAACAGGUGCUGGAAGAAUUGCACGCAGCCUGUCGAUUGCCUCAUGGGUGACUGGGGCCUCUGGGAGCCUUCAGAGUGCUUAGCCUCAUCUGACCAGCGGCAAAGGGAGCGCGCGGUCGUCAGAGCAGCAGCAAACGGAGGGGAGCCCUGCACCGGCACCAUUCGCGAGACCAUGGGGUGCUCGCAGGCAGCAGAUGCAGUGGCUGAUUGUGAGCUCUCUCCUUAUGGCGAGUGGUCGGCUUGCACGGCGUCCUGCGGAAGUGGACUUCGCACCAGGUCCCGGACCAUCGAGGUUCAGGCAAGUGGAGGUGGUCAGUCAUGUCAGGGCCCCCUUGCGCUGCUGGAGCCCUGCAAUCUGGGCCCUUGCCCAUGCAGAGUGAUGGACGCAGCUUUUUCGCAAUGGGAGGAGUGGAGCACUUGCAACAACGGCAUGCACAUCCGGAAGCGAAAGGUGCAGGAGCAAGCUUCCUGCGGAGGAAAGCCUGCUUUAGGUUCGAUGACCGAGAUCAAAACUUGCGGUGACAGGAUUGACUGCCAGGUAUCUCCCUGGGCACCGUGGGACGAGUGCGACAAGAGCUGCGGUGGUGGCCAGCAGGAGCGAAACCGUCAAGUGACCCAAAACCCUCAGAAUGGCGGCAAGACGUGCCUCAAAGACUUAGUGGAGACGCGGGGCUGCAACCAACAGCCAUGUCGAACAACGAGUUGCGAAGUGUCAGAGUGGUCUGCCUGGGGCGAGUGCAGCAACAGUUGUGGCAACGGCAUCCAUGAAAGGAGCCGAACGUUCACUCACCUGGCGCAGGAAGGCGGCUCUGGCUGCGACAUGCCCAUGGCGGAAAUGACGCCCUGCAGCGACCAAUCUGGAACCUUCGCGGCACGUCGCUUGCAGGGCCUUUGCCCAAUGUCUGAUUGCGGAUGCGUUUGGCGCGAUUGGUCCGAGUGGAGUGCCUGCACUUGCGAGUGCGGAGGAGGCCAAAAGACCCGAAAUCGACACAUUGCACGAGCUCCCGAGGCAGGCUGUACGCCUUGCGAGCCAUUUGACAAGCAGCAAAUCGAGCCAUGCAAUACCCAGAAAUGUGAGGAGGACCAGUGCGUGGAUGCUCUCUGGUCUCCGUGGCAGGACUGGGAACCAUGCUCCGUUUCCUGCAAAGGUGGGAUUACUUGGCGUUCGCGCAAGAUCACUCGAAAUGCCAAUGACUGUGGCCGGCCCGUGGUUGGUGCCUCUCAGCAGCAUGCCAGCUGCAACCAAGAUAUUUCUUGCACGCCCAGCGUGGACUGUGAAUUUGCGGAAUGGGCGGCCUGGAGCGCUUGCACGCAGGAGUGCGAUGGCGUGAAGCGGAGGUCUCGCCAGAUCGCUGUGCAAGGCGCAGGAGACGGUGCGUACUGCUUGGGCCCCGUGCACCAGAAUUACCCCUGCUCGACAGACAAAGGGCUUCUGGAGUUCAACAGCCCGGCUCUGUACUUGCACCUUGACAACCUGCAAUCCAAGAACGUGCAGCUGGGUCAGGCGGAGCUGACCUACGCAGGCGUCACCAAAAUGCCAGGAGACGAAGCUCCCGUGAAUCUCGUCGUCACAGCACUGAGCCGAUCCCAGGGCUUGCGUGAAGAAUCGACGGGCUUGUACGGGCACACUGGCAGUAUUGACUUUGAAGCAGGUUCCGAAAUUGAGGUGCAGUUCAUCACCAUGAGGCAACAGGACCAGCAAGAGGUGAAAGCCAAGAUGCUGAUGAUAAAAUUCUUUGACAUCGCGGAUGGUGCCACAUUGGAGGCCCCAGAUGGCAAUGAAGCAUUCUUGAGCUACGAGUCCCAGCUAUCUUCAGACACUUCCGAAGAUGGCACAUUAGUGGUGACGUCUCAGAUGCCUGGAUCGAAUCCGCCGAAGGAUCCAAUGAGCGCAAGCCCUCAACAAGAGAUGCAUGCAGCGGCCAUUUUGUGGAAGGAUAGCAGCCGCGCCAGCAUCAAAUUCAGGACGCGGCCUGGAUUCCGCAAAGGUCUCUUCUUUUCAGCCAAAGCUUGCUGGAGGGGUGACUGCCUGGUAAGUGCCUGCGGACGUGGUGAAGACUCAGUCGAUUGCGUCAUGGACGAGUGGCAGAGUUGGGCUCCUUGCUCUGUCAGCUGUGGCCGAGGGCAGCGGGUCCGGACGCGAAAGGUGAGGACCAUGAAUUCACAUGGUGGUCGCCCAUGUCACGUUGAUCUGUCUGCAACCGAAGGUUGCGAGAUGACCCCAUGUGCGGAGGCCUGCCAAGCGCAGGACUGCGAAUGGUCGCAGUGGUCUGACUGGGGCGCCUGCGACAAGUGCGGAGGGCAGAUGAAGCGAUUCCGAAACGUGAUCAGACCGUCCCAGUGCGGCGGCCAUGGCUGUGCGGCGGCGGCGGCGGAGGAAACCACCAGCUGCCCUCGAAAGUGUCAUGAGCUAAGCUACUGUACCUGGGGUGAUUGGAGGCCAUACGGCGAGUGCACCUCGACCUGUGGCCACGGCAUCAAGAAGCGUACCCGAAUGCUGAAAAUCGUGGAUGAGCCGGUGAAGUCCAUCAUUGGCGAGAACAUCCUGGGUGCCGACGACCUGCAACGCAAGCUUGUGGAACUGACGGCGCGUGCGCAGCAGCUGCAGGCAUCACGCUCCCGACAACUGGCUGCAUGCUUUGCCGCCGGCUUCUUGGGACUCGUUGCUUGCGUCUCAUUCGGCCGCCGUAGCGCCUUCUUCCAUGCUGGGCCUGGCGAGCCUCACUACCAUCUUGCUGCCGGUGAAACGGAGUCCGACUAG